UCGCAAGUAGAAGGGAUUGUCGAUUCCGCACUAUAUAAAAUCGAAAGUACCUCCUAUUCAUGUCAUCAGUUAACAUUUGUCGCACUUUUUGCGUUUUUUUUUUAUCAUUGAUAAAUUGAUAUUUUGAAAAAAAUUGCAUUUUCAAGAUGAAUUUGAAGAUUUUGAUUUUUGUCAUUUUUUCCAUUUUUGUCUUGUAUGUGUCGUCGGAAGAAAUAAAACAGCAAACACUUCCUUUAAUUGAAAAUGAAGAAAAUUCAGUGCAUACGAGGAGUAAAAGGACAUUAUUUUUAAAAAAGAAAGUCCUUGGAGCUGGACUUCUUGGCUUUGGUCUAGGAGUUGUCAAAGGAUACAAGUAUGGUUACCAUAGAGCACCGGAAGUGCACCACGUGUAUCUUGCCCCACCGCCAACACCUGUUAAGUACAUUGAAUACGUAGAGAAACCUGUCUUCGUUGACAGGAUUAUUGAGAAACCAGUCUUCAAAGAGCAUGUUGAGAGCUGGCAUCCUGAUCCACCAUCAACUUACGGGGCAUGGUGAGUUGCGGUUUAUUGAAGCGAGAGAAGCAACAAAAAUUAAUACUCAAUGAACAAAAUGUUCAUAAAGCGAUGAUUUUUUUUGCGUUUUAUGUUAUUAUUAUUAUUAGUGGUUCAUUUUUUUUUUUUUUUUUUGAUUUUACUAUAAACUCUAUAAAUUUGAAAUUAGUCCAAAUUUAUUGGAUUCGAUCAUAAAGACUAUUAAAAAUUUUGUUACAAGUUUGGAAAUAAAUAAUAUGA